AUGGUAGCCACGAAACUUAUCGUUAUUCUCGGUGCCACGGGAAACCAGGGUGGUUCAGUCGCAGAGGUCUUCCUCCGGGAGCCGCAAUGGCGUGUCCGUGCCGUGACCAGAAACCCAACGAGCACAAAGGCCCAAGCCUUGGCUGCGCGCGGUGCAGAAGUGGUCCAAGCAGACUUGGAUUCGCCAUCGACCCUCGUGUCGGCCUUCGAGAAUGCGCAUGCUAUCUUCGCCGUUAGCGACUUCUGGGGCCUAUACUUUAACCCUGCCAACCAAGCCAAGGCGAAGGGUCAGCCGCUCAAUGUCUGGGCAGCCAACCAUGAAACCGAGCAACUAAAGGCCGUUAUCGCCGCUGCUGUGGGGGUUCCUACACUGGAGCGCUUCGUGUUGUCCUCCCUCUCCAACGCGACCAAGUGGUCCCAGGGAAAGUACACGCACGUCUACCAUUUUGACUCGAAAGCCAAGGCGGAGGUGUGGGGAAAAGAAACUUACCCGGAGCUGUGGAAGAAGACAAGCAUCUUCCAGGCCGGGUUUUUCUUGAGCAAUUUUGUCUCGAACCCGAACUUCCAGCCCGUGAUGGCAGCGCAUGGCGUAGCUCAGUUCGUUGGCAAUCUCGAUCCAGAUCUCAAACUGCCCUUCAUCGCCGCGGAAGAAGACACUGGGCCGAUCGUGAAGGCCCUCGUGCAAGAGGGCGCCGGAAAGAAUGUCAUCGGCCAUAGGGCGUGGUGUACCCUACGCGAACUCUCCGAGGCAUUUUCGCAAGCCAGUGGAACAGGGGCGGAAUGUGUCAUGUUGCAUAAAGGGCAGUCGCACGUUCCUGUUCCGCCCGAGUUGAGCAUUGAAUUAGACGAUAAUUGGGCUUACUGCAACGAGUUUGGUUAUGAGGGCCGAGAUGACCCCACAAUCAUUCACCCCAAAGAUGUGAUUGGGCUCCCCCCGCAGCUGGACAAUAUGGUGGAUUACUUCAAGAAGCAGGAUUGGUCAAAGGUGCUCGCACAAGGAAAGUAG